GGCGCUAUAGCCUCCACGUCAGACUGACGCUCCGCUCUUGGCCAUGGCGUUUUGAAUGAGACACGGUUCGGACAGCUGAUCCUCCGCCGCUCUGUCUGUGUUCCGUCGUGCUCCCAGUACCACGAGCUCAUAUAUGUCCGUGCUCUCUCCAUCUCAUCACGGGCCGAGCCAAAGAGGAGCCCCACAAACAGCCGCCGUUGACCGGGGCAUCUCCGGGUCACCCUUGGGCAGGUACGAGCCAGUGGGGCCUUUUCACAGGUAUAGGAACAAGCAACUCUGUGCACUUUAAGGUGAACGCUGUGUCCAGGGCAGAGGCCAUGCUGAUAUGUUCCUGUGGCAGUGGGCACAGUGCUGCCCUCUGGUGGACCGUGGUUGUAGUGCUGUUGGGGGAGCUUCAUGCAGACACUUCACAAACACAGGUGCUCCAGGACCUGCUCACUCGCUAUGGGGACAACAGCACCAUCUCAGUCCCUCAGCUGCGUGCCCUGCUGGCCCUCCUAAGCCGAGGCCUCGAGCAGGAUUCCAGCCCGGCCACACGGGCACCGUCCAACAGCUCCAGGUGUCUGUCCACAGACACGCUGGCUGUGUUUCAGAUCACUGAACAGGCCCACCUGAAUGAGCAGCAUUUACAGGAGCUAUGCCCCACAAUGCUUCAGCAGCUGGGAGCAGGCUCCUGUAGGGGUCUCAGUGAGGAGGGGCCCAGCGCCGAGAACUCCCCCAGGCCCACUGAUGCAGAGGUGUGGGGCUAUGGGAUCCUGUGUGUGACCCUCAUCUCUCUGUGCUCGCUGGUCGGGGCCAGCGUGGUGCCUUUCAUGAAGAAAACGUUUUACAAACGUCUGCUGCUCUACUUUAUCGCCCUGGCUAUUGGCACACUCUACUCCAACGCACUGUUUCAGCUCAUCCCAGAGGCCUUUGGUUUUGACCCGAUGGUGGACUUCUAUGUGUCCAAGUCAGCUGUGGUGUUUGCAGGCUUCUACUUGUUUUUCUUCACUGAGAAGAUUCUGAAAGUGCUGCUCAAACCCAAAGCUGGGAGCCCCAGACAUAGCCAUUACCCAGCAGCUGAGCACUACUUGGAACCUGGCAGUGACCUGGAGGAGGGCGAAAAGGAGAAACUCCGACAGAACGGCGAAGUCAGCACUUCUGCUUUAGAGCCAGGAGAGGGCGCCCUCAUGCUUUGCCCCUCACAGACACCGCAGGACACGCAGUGUUCCGACAGUGGGCCGUGCUCUAAGGGCAGCGGCGGCGGCUGUUACUGGCUCAAAGGGACCACAUACUCGGACAUCGGCACACUGGCCUGGAUGAUCACCCUCAGCGAUGGCUUGCACAAUUUCAUCGACGGCCUGGCAAUCGGAGCCUCCUUCACAGCAUCUGUGUUUCAGGGCAUCAGCACCUCCGUGGCCAUUCUGUGUGAGGAGUUCCCUCAUGAGCUGGGGGACUUUGUGAUCCUGCUGAACGCAGGCAUGAGCAUCCAGCAGGCCCUCUUCUUUAACUUCCUGUCGGCGUGUUGUUGUUACCUGGGCAUGGGCUUCGGUAUCCUGGCCGGCAACAGCUUUUCACCAAACUGGAUCUUUGCUUUGGCUGGAGGCAUGUUCCUCUACAUCGCCUUGGCAGACAUGUUUCCAGAAAUGAACGAAGUGAGUCUGGAGGAGGAGCGAGCAGGCAGCAGUAGCUUCCUUCUGACUUUUGCCAUUCAGAAUGCUGGUCUCCUCACUGGCUUCUCCAUCAUGCUGCUCCUCACCAUGUACUCCGGACACAUCCAGUUGGGCUAGCAGCACAGACCUGCCCCCUGUGCCCCAGAAGAGCUGUGUGCAGCGGGCAUGCACACCGGCUCAGAGAGGGAUGUUAACACAGAUGUCAUCAGUCAGUGCUGCAAAGCCACAGAAGGAGCAAGGGCAUCCAAGCAUCGACGGUGUUCAUGAUACUUGCUGUUUGUAUCUUUUUAGUUUGUUUUUUUAUGCAAAACUUGUAUGGAAAUAUCUGUAGUUAAAAGAAACUGGAAUUACAACACGUACUUGAUAUUUGCUGUUUUUAUCACAUUGUGUAAAAAAUUAUACUAAUUAGAGGUGGGACAAGAUUUCCACAACUACAAGACAAGACACAUGGUUGGGGCAAUAAGAAUGAGACAAGAUGAGGUUUUGGCAAGGUUUAUAAUAAAUCAACUGAGCGGUUUAGUUUACAAUUUUGGCCUCAUUAGUGGUACUUUUACUAACUUAUAUAUAUUUUAAUAUUUUUUUCUGUGAUUGUAGCACUGCUUUUUAGAUCUACACAGCUUCUCAAGAAAUUUAAUUGGCUACCAUUUGACCCCUUUUUUGGCCAAUCCAAAUGUAAACACAUGAGAAAAUGUAUCUUGAGAUUUUUUUCCCCCUUGACCACACAGUUUUAUCUUCCCACAUCUUGUGGCAUGAGGUCUUGUUCAUAUACUGGAUUCUAUAUAGGAAGUAAGCAUGGGUACGCUUCUAGCUUCUUUGUCUCCAAUUGACUUUAAAUUGAUAAAAAAAAAAUAAAAAUCAUCCCUCUCUCUGUAACUGCUGCAGUGACCCUUGUCAUUUUGGUCGUAAAAUGAUCGUAUAAACUCACUCUACAUGAUCCUAUGGUUUUUUUUUUCGUAAAUAAAUUUUUAUUCCUAGUACGGAACUGGCUCCAAAUUGACUCCUUUAACUCUUAGCCUUGUGAGUUUCAUUUGACUGGAGCUGAAUGCUUUGGUUGAUAUCACACACCCUUAGUCUGCUUUUUUAUAUAGUCUAUGAUCUUGUCCUAUCCCUAAUUACUAAUUUAUCCAAAUGUUGCGAGUCUUCACUGGACCAGUAUGCAUGUAUUCAAAUGCUCAAUUGCUUCAAUUCAGGGAUCUCAUUUUAUAUCAUAGUGCAAUCCUUCCAAAAGCCAUGAAGAAAAUUGUGUCAUGUUUUCUUUAAUGUUGACUUUAAAGAUAGUGCAUCAGGAGAUGCUAUUUACAUUGACAUAGGGUUUGGGCGAUAGGCUUGUCACGAUAAUGACUAUACUGACUUAACAUACAAUUAAUAAUAGCUGGAACAAUAAUUUUUGGGGGUCAGUAUUUAUUGUGGGUACUUUUUCAUGUGGAUACUAGGGGGGAAAUUUGGGGAAAUUUAUGUUAUUAUUCUGUACUAGGAUGAUAUUUGAGCGAAAAAGGUUGGAGGAAUAACUUCUAUAACACAUUUACAGUCAUCAGCCCCUCUGAACACCGCCAUCAUUCGUACACACACCAUUUUCUUACUCGGCAAUGUGGGUUAAGUGUCUUGCCUAAGGACACAACAUUUUUUGCCACUAGCAUCCCACUGUGGCACCUACAAUUCCCAGCAGUCUCCCAUCCAAGAAUUAGGCAUGGCCUUGCAUAGCUUUUGAGAUCUGACGAGAUCAGGCUUUGACAAGCCGGUAUGGCCACAAGCUAGAGAAGCGUUUCAUAUCUGCCGUUAAUUUAUUUCAUCUUAUUUACUGUACAUAUCAUAGACUGUAUAAAUGAACACAACUAACCUUCCAAAAUAUUAUAUAUAUUAUAUUAUAUUAUAUUAUAUUAUAUUAUAUUAAUAUAAUAUUCCUGCUCAGUCAAUUCACUUUGUAUUGAAAAAAAAUGUCGUCCCUCUGUAACUGCUGCUGUCAGGCUAUUGGUUUUGCUCCAAAAAAUCUUCAUAUUGCCCCAGUGUACUUGAUCCUAAUGUUUUUAUCUUGCUAUUUUGUCUGUAAAUAAAUUCAUAAUAUGAACUUGGCUCCAAAUUUGCCUUAUAGCUGAUAGCCUUGUGAGAUUCAUUUGACUGUAGCUGAACACUAUGUGUGAUGUCACACUGCCUUAGUCCACUUCUUUAUACGGUCUAUGGUACAUAUACAAUAUUUUUGAUUAUCAUAUUUUAGGGUUAUUGUUUAGCAUCCAUAUUUACCUCAGCAAUAUAUCACACUUCAAAAUGUGUUGUGACAGGUCUUGAGCCAUGGUGAUAACAGUUGUGAAUUCUGUGACAAUCUGGUUUUGAUGAUAUUGUCACAUACACACCCUUUCCCCCCUCUAACUUUUCUUGUGGAGGUUCUGGUUAUUGCUUUGCCAGGAAUGUUACAUAGUACGACAUUAUGGGGCCCAUUUUAUUUACUGAUCUAUGUUGUUUUCCCAUCAAAAAACAUUCCUGGAGUUGUGUUUUGUUUCAUGCACACAUGCUUAACACACAAACAUUGCAUAUUUGGGCUUAGUUCUUCUCUGAAACUGAAAACACUCCACCUUCCACUUUGAGAUGUCAUGUUGUAAUACAGAAAGUGUUCCACUCUGUUUUUAAACUCCAUACACCUUCACUAGAACCAUCUGAAAACACUCAGCCCUGAAAUUGGCAGUCUACUAAACUAAAAAAAAAUGUAGCUCUUAACAUGAAAACUACAGCUUCAGGACAAGGUGGAAGAGAGCAUUUUGAGUUUUGGAGGUGUAGACAAACUAAUAAAGCAUUACUCAAAUAUUUGUGAAUGUCACAAAAGUAACUCCAGGUCUGUUUUUGAUGCUUAGAUGCUCAGAUCUGUGUUUUGCUUAAUAUAGAUUAAAUAGACUGUAUAAAGAAGUGGACUAAGCGAGUGUGACGUCACCCAUAGCAUUCAGCGCCACUCAAAUGAAGCGUGCGAUGCUAACGGUUACAGGAGUGAAUCUGGAGCCAGGCUCUAUGUUAUGAAUAGGAUUUUUAGAUGGACAAAAUAGCGAUCAUGUAGAGCGGGUUAAUAUGAAUAUUGUAAGACCAAAAAGACCAGGCUCAGAGCAGCAGUUACUUUAGAAUAUGGUCACCCCUCUUUCUGUAAGUCAAUUGGAGCAAGGGUUAGUAGGAGCUGGAAGAGCUGCAUGUGAACUUCCUAUUUGGAACAGGGUGACACUGCUAUGUCCAUUUAUAUAUUAUAUAUAUAUAUAUAUAUAUAUAUAUAUAUAUGUGACCAAUGCUAUGUCAAAACUAUGGAGAGGUAACCCCUCUCACAGUAAGAAUGCAUUUUCACUGAAUAAAUAUAAGAUUAGAUGUAAUGGUAUUCUUUAGAGUAGAACCAGCUGAAGCAAUAAUAUCUCCAAUGAAACCGCAAGUGACGGGCUCUCCACCACAAAUUUGCGCACAAUUUACGCACAUUUUUCUGUUUAAGGUGUCAUCAUUUAUUUUAAAUAGUCUACUCAUAACUAUUGUGCAAUUUAGACUGGUUUUGUCCCUUGUUUACAUUACAUUAUGGUUGCUAGGUAACAGACGGGUAGCAGAAUUCCCCUGCAAAGGUCACAUCCAUAGACUGUAGAUAGAAAGGGACACAGCUAACCUGCUAGUGUCUCCAGACCCAGCUCCUUUUCACUUUACAUUGAAUAAUUGUCAUCCCUGUAUCUGCUGCUGUGAGCCUUAUCAUUUUGAUCUUGAAAUGUUCAUAUUGACCCGCUCUACAUGAUCCUGGUGUUUUUAUUUUGCUAUUUUGUCUGUCAAUAAAUUCCUAUUCUUAAUGCAGAACUUGGCUUCAGAUUCACCCCAUAACUGCUGGCCUUCAUUUGACUGGAGCCAAGUUAGUGGUGUGCCAAAUGGGUGAUGUCACACUCCCUUAGUCCACCUCUUAAUACAGUCUAUGGUCACAUCUGAUGCUCAUGUCCAACUAGGAAGUAAAAUGACAAAACUUGCACCAAAAUGUUUAAACUUAAAACAGAACUAGGGAAGAUUUGUACUGAAAUAGAUAACGAUGUUAACUUGGAUUACAUUAUAAAUACUUUAUUAUCCCAAAGGAAAUUAAUUAACUAAAAUUUUAUUAAUUAAUUUGGUGAAAUUAGGAGUCUAACCUGUCAUAUGCACUUUAAAUCGUAAUAAAACUGAUCUAAGCUAGGUUUUGGCAUUGCACCCAUCCCUAAGCCAGUUCUCCCUGGCGAAAAAGUAGAUCAUUCUGGGUGUUUUAUCACUAUUGUGCAAAAUUAUUUCUGUAUCGCUGUAGACAUUUUAAUCAAACUAAAUGGGACCAAAGGAGCUUUUAAGUGAAAAAAUUUAAAUAUUUAUGGAUUAGAUGUUUGGUUGUUUUUAUAUUGAAUGGAUCGAUUAUUGUUUUUGCUACUCAUUACCCUACAAAAUGAUUCAUUCUGACACUUGUCAAAAUGUCAAAAUCUUGUGUAUCAAAGCUCUUUCAUAUGUGCUUGCCUUCACAGUGUGGAUGACAGACAGGCAUUGAGGUGGAGGUUUCAGGGGCCACAGCUUUGUAAAUAAGUGUAUCCAGUUAAAGAGGACUAUACUGAUCUGAUGGCCAUUUCAUACAAGUGCAUAUAAGAUUUCUAUUCUACAGGCCCUGUUUGUGUGCGCCCUAAACCUAUUUUGUAUUAUGUGUUAUCUAAUUAUGAAAUUUUAGAAUAAAUGAAAAAUGAAUUAAAUAACUAAUUGACUUUAUAAAAUAUGUUGUUUGUUUAGUUGUUUUUCUUUUGGUGAUUAAAAAAGUGUUAUAAAGUGUCA